AUGAGCGCGACGCCAACGUCCGACCCUGGCGACAGCUCCGAGCGCGACGCUUUGCUUGCCCCAGACGCGCUGCCAGUGCACACUGCCCGCCAGAAUUCAUGCCCUAACGUUAAGCAGCGAAGCUCUACCUUCGACUGGCUUCUGGGUGUCUCGUUUCUAUUGAUUGUCGCGCUCAUUUGGACGUUUGCCAGCGUCUUGGUGCAGUACAUUUUCCACACAUUGAGCUUCCAGGGCCCUUUCUUUCUCACGUACAUCGGCAUGUCACUAUUCUCCGUCAACUUGCCACUAUGGUACAUGUCCCAGUUGCUGCUGCCAAGACUGAAGGCGUGGGUCCGAGGUGUGCCGAUAGCACGCGGUACAUUCCGUCACACUGAACUGCUGCGACGCUCGGGGACACAAGCCAGCUAUGGCCAGAUCUUCUGUAUGAGUGCAGUCGUCUCUCCGCUCUGGUUCAUUGCCAAUGUCACGUACAAUGAGAGCCUGAACCUCACGAGUGUCUCCAGUAGCACGAUCGUGAGCUCCACGUCGACGGUGUUUACGUUUCUACUAAGUGUCGUGGCUUUGAAGGAACCUUUUGUCUGGACAAAACUAGCAGGUGUCGUGCUUUGUAUGGCGGGGAACGUCUCGACGAUUAUGAAUGACAAAGGGACACAUGAAGGCACGGACCAUGUGCUCGGAGAUCUCGUGGCACUUUUUGCGGCCUUUAUGUAUGGCGUAUACACGACUGCGAUCCGUCGCUUGAUACCAGACGAAGAAAGCGUGAGCAUCUCGCUGUUUUUUGGCUUUAUCGGCGUCAUCAACAUGGUGUGUUUGCUGCCCAUCGUCGUGGUCUUGCACUAUUCGGGCAUUGAGUCGCUCAGUGGCUUAUCACUUGAGAUUGUGCUUCUCAUCAGUGUGAAGGGCCUCUUUGAUAACGUGCUGUCUGACUACCUCUGGGCGCGUGCCGUGCUGCUUACAUCACCCACUGUGGCUACUGUUGGGCUUUCGCUGACAGUUCCGAUGGCCAUCGUGGCUGACUUUUGGUGCCACGGCAUGCUGCCGACAUAUGUGACGUUAGUUGCCUCAGCGCUCGUUAUCUCUGGUUUUGUGCUGAUCAACAUUGGCACGAAGCAAAAGCAGCAUGAGUACCACCCUCAGCGUUCUACGGACUGCUCUGUGAAGGCUUCUGGAUCACGCUAG